AUGAAAGUAUUAGCUACUCUGCACGAGAGAUUGAUUGUGAGAAGUGUCGACCGAGAUGGCACCCCUCGGACGGUCGAAUUCCUCGACAAUGACUCGAUAAGGCCAACAAAGGUGCAAGAUCGAACAUGGACUCAUAUCACUUAUUUAGCCUUUUGGUUCUCGGCAUCGGGAAAUGUGAGCAACCUCUACGCUGCUUCGACCGGCUUGACAGUCGGACUGUCUAUGUGGGAGUCAAUUAUCUGUCAACUGGGGGGACAGAUCUUAGCAGGCAUUCUCAUGGCUCUAAAUGGCCGCGCUGGUGCACUGUAUCGUAUCCCUUUCCCUGUUCUCUGCCGGUCCAGCUGGGGUCCACUUGGGGCUCUUUGGUCUACGUUUAACCGUGCAGUAAUGGCCAUUGUCUGGAACUGUGUCAAUGCUGUCCAGGGUGCGCAGUGCCUCAACGUACUGCUGCGUUCCAUUUUCCCAUCGAUGGCGAACAUUCCUAAUAUGAUGGGCUCUAAAUCUGCCCUUACCAGUGCAGGAAUGAUAUGCUUUUCCAUCUUCUGGUUCAUCAACUGCGCAUUUUUAUUUACCCCUAUACCAAAAAUGAGGAUAUUAGUUUACAUCAAGGUGGUAGCUUAUUAUAGUGCCACUGUCGCUAUGCUAGCUUGGACACUCUCUUUAUCUGGAUCUUCCAAACAUACCCUUCGGUCGCAUUCAACUAUCCACGGCACUGAGAAGUCUUGGAUGGUUGUCAAAUUCUUCUGGCUAGGGCUCGCAAGUGUUGCCACCUUCGUCUCCAAUGCUGCCGAUCUUCAGCGAUAUGCUAGGCGACCGAAUGAUGUUAUUUUGGGUCAAGUGUUCAGCUUUCCUGUGGCCAACUUUUAUCAUUUCCAUCAUGGGCUGUGUGAUAGCUGCUACCAGAUGGGAAACGAUAUAGCAGCCUUGCUCCCCAAAUACCUCAACGUCAAGCGCGCCGUUUUCAUCUGCGCAGGCAAGCAAGCUUUAGCCGAAAUUUCAACUAGCCUCUGGUCGCUAAUUGAUGAGUACAGUCCUAUCUUUCUCUCCUCCUAUCAGAUCUUUCUCUCUGCCAUUGCAGGAAUCCUGCUCUGCGACUAUUACCUGAUCCGCCGAGGCCGCCUUUGUAUCCCAGAGCUAUACACUAUGAAUCCAGAGGCUCGCUACCACUACCUGCGCGGAAUCAAUUUCCGUGCUUUCGCAGUAUAUUUGGUCUCAAUAGGCCCGAGCUUUUAUGCAUUUCCAAAUCAGCUUGGUGUAAAGGCGCCGCUGUCUAUUCAGCGGUUCUAUUACAUUUCGUAUCCGAUGGGACUGCUGAUUGCAUUCUUGGGAUACUAUCUAUCAUGCCGUUGCUUUCCCAUCGUGGGAAUGGUGAGAACUUGGGGUUGGCACGAGCCUAGAGAGUAUAUUGAUGAUCAUGACUCCACCAGAGAUGAUGCUACAAUAGACUUUGACGCUGUUGAUAUCUCGAGGCGGGGGAGUGAUGCGUUUGAUUCCGUUUUUGCAGAAGGUAUAAAGCGAGAUGAAGAUAUAAAACGAGCUAUCGCUUGA